GCCAGGGGAAAGGAUCUGGGGGAGGAAAAGAGAGGCGGGAGAUGGAGGAGGUCAAGGUGGGAAAUUCAAGGUUCAAGAGGAUGUGCGUCUUCUGUGGGAGCAGCACAGGCAAGAGGCACUGUUACCAAGAUGCUGCCGUGGAGCUCGGAAAGGAGCUGGUGGCGAGGAAGGUCGAUCUGGUGUAUGGAGGCGGCAGCGUGGGGCUGAUGGGUCUCGUCUCUGAAGCUGUUCAUUCUGGUGGCGGCCAUGUCAUCGGGAUCAUCCCGAGGACACUGAUGUCCAAGGAGAUUACAGGGGAGACGUUCGGGGAGGUGAAGCCGGUGGCCAGCAUGCACCAGCGCAAGGCCGAAAUGGCCCGCCACUCCGACGCCUUCAUCGCCCUGCCCGGUGGGUAUGGAACCCUGGAGGAGCUGCUGGAGGUCAUCACCUGGGCGCAGCUCGGCAUCCACAACAAGCCUGUGGGAUUGCUCAACGUGGAUGGUUACUACAACUCCCUGCUCGCCUUCAUCGACAAGGCCGUGGAGGAUGGCUUCAUCCAGCCAUAUCAGCGCCACAUCUUCGUCUCCGCCCCCAACGCCAAGGACCUCGUCCAAAAGCUCGAGGAAUACGUACCCGUGGAGGACGCCGUAGCCGCCAAACUCAGCUGGGAGAUGGAGCAGAUGGGACUAAACUCCACCCUGCACGCCGAGAUCGCUCGUACUGCUUCUAACUCAGGAAAACAUCAGCUUUAUGAUGAAUCGUCUUCUCGAUGUCUUCGCUGUGCUCUGUGUGGGUCAACGUAGGGAUAGGGUUUACCUUCGUCGCUGUACAGCCAUUGAGUAGCCAUCCUCGAAAGAAAAAGCCGGCCUUCGUGUAGCUUUUGGCGCACUGUGGUGCGCCGUGUGGGACAUGGAAGGCAACGAGUGUUACUCGAUGGCUGGGGGUUGAUGAUUGUGAGAUUAAAAGGGAGGCCCUUCCAUUGUCUGCAGCAACAGGAUAAGCUCAUCAGGGUGGACGUCUCGUCCCUGUUCUCCACAGCACAAGGGGAGUGAGAGGGGGCGCCCACUGCCUGUACCAGUUCUACGUGCGGUAGUAGUCCAUCCAGUUGGGCAAGAUUCCUUGGUGUGAGGCUCGGCAACAGUGGCCGAUCCAACAAAGCCUGGGCCACUCACUCACCAUGAGCAAUUAAUUCCAGGAUCCUUACUGUGUGUGUGGUUCUUUUGAACAGUCUCUCGCUUUGAGUUCUACGUCGGGUUAAUGAUUGCCGGAGGAUGUGACUAGAGUUACGCAAAUGAUGAUGGCCAAAAGGGCAAUGGCAAUGCGAAGGUAUUGGGUUUGUUUAUGAUAUUUUGUAGAGGUUUCCUAUGGUCGGUCGUUUGAGGCCAAAAACAAAUGUUAAGAGAGAAAUAAAGUGAAAUAGACAAAAUUAAAGAUAAACCAGGGUUCAUGGCUCA